AUGCCAGCGCCAACGCCAGCAUUCGCCGCACCGCCCCCUGACGAGGAUGGCGCACCUGUGGUUGCCGCUGCUGCUGCCGCUGCCGUGGGUGAUGAGAUUGUUAUCACAGUGUCCACGGGUGUGGUGGCCGCUGCCGUGGCAGAUCUCUUCGCCAGGAGUCGUCUGUCCGCUGGAGUCCAUCUGAGGUGCCAGCCGCUUGACCAGCUCGCUCAGCAGAUCCUCGAUCCGACCUAUACGCUGCUGCAUGCGUUGCAGUUCCAGUCGCACGUCAACCUUCAUGUCGAGCACUGUGGCGAUGAGAUCGCGUUGCGCUAACGUUGGUGGCGUCUCGCGCAGACCCGUGUCGUAGGUAUCUGAUGUGGUGGCUCGGGAGGAGGCCAUUUCGAUUUGUCGCUCGCGCUCCAGUGCCAGGUUGCGUUCCUUGGCGGUCGCGGUCCCGGUCCCACUGGGUGCAGGCGUUGUAGUGGCGCCUGCUGUUGUUGUAGUCGUGGCGGCACCACCAUCGAUGACCACGCGGCUGUCGCGACUUGGUGGGGAGGAGUCAACCUCGCCGCCCUCGUCGAUGGUGUCCUGGCGGGCAAGCGUCGCCUGGCUCGCCUGCAGCUUGGGCGCCUUGGGAAAAACCUGAAGACUCACCUUAGUGCGUUCCGCCUCGCCGUCACCCUUCUCGACGUCGCUCUGGCCAGAACCGACCAACUCUUUGCUGCCAGCCUGCACUUGGGGGGUGCGCCGAAACUUGGAGAAUAUCUUUCGAACGAGAUGAUCUUGGUUCUGGGGCAAUUGUGGCUCGUUCUUACGCCGUUCGGCCAAUUCUUUUUCGCGCUUCACAUCGGCCACCUUGCGAAAAAUCAGUCGAUGUCUGAGAUUGUAGGUGAGCACCAGAUUGCGUGCAAAGCUAUUCGCAAAUGCCGAAUAGAAAUCGAGGACUUCGAGCAAUUUAUCACGUUUGAUGGCAUGCAAAUCACAAUAGGUCAGUGCCCGCACAUUGGCGGCACUCUGGCCAACGGCCGAGUCCUUCCAGAAUUGAUCGCCGAAGACGUCGCACUUACCCAAUAUUGCCACAACCUCGUCAUCCUGUAUGACCUCCAGACUGCCCGUCACAAUGAAGCACAGACUGUCGAUGCUCUCGCCAGUGUGGUAGAGCAGAUCCCCCGGUGCCGAGUGGGACAUCAUAAAAUGCAUCGCUAA